AUGCGUUUUCAACCAACAACACCACUUUUUCUCCUCUCGUCUCUUGCCGCCCUUGCGCUCCCCACAAGCGCCGAAUAUGUGCUCCGAUCCAGCUCUCUGGCGGCGUGCCAGGAAAACUCGGGCUUCACCGCCAGCUUGUUCGAUGUUGUCUUCACCCCGAACAAUCUCACGGCCUCAAUCAACAUGAUCGCGACAUCGUCCAUUGAGGGCCAUGUUAUUUUCGACGUCACCAUCUUUGCCUACGGGCUCGAGAUCAUCCACACCCAAGUCGAUCCCUGCAACUCCAACCUUCCCGGCCUCUGUCCCAUGACCUCGGGCAAAAUGAACAAUCCGUUCAACCUUCCCGUGACCAAGGAGGCCAUCGCGUCGAUCCCGGGCAUCGCAUAUACCUUCCCGGAUCUUGAUGCUACCGUCAGGGUCUUCAUCAACAGGACCGAUGGGGAAAACGCUGGCCAGAGCAUCGCCUGCGUCGAGGCGGAAAUCUCGAACGGGAUGACCGUGGAUUUGAUCGGCGUGAAAUGGGCGUCUGCUGCCGUGAUCAUUCUCGCCCUCCUUUCGUCGGCCAUCGUCAACGGAUUCGGCUUCUCCAACGCUGCUUCGCAUAUUGCUUCGAACACCAUCUCCCUGUUUGGCUUCUUCCAAGCGCAGGCCAUGCUCGGUCUUUGCGCUGUUCCACUUCCUCCGGUCGUCAAGUCGUGGACCCAGGACUUCCAGUGGAGCAUGGGCGUCAUCAACGUCGGCUUCAUCCAGAACAUUUUGACGUGGUAUCAGCGGUCGACCGGUGGGACAGCGUCCACCCUUCUCGAUACCCUCCACACCGUGUCGGUGCAGGUCGAGAAGCGGUCCGUUCCGCUGGCAGAGCCCGCCGUCGAUCUUGCUCGGCGGUCGGUCGGCAGCCUUGCCAAGCGGGCCGUCCAGACUUCGUACGGUAGCUACAUCGUCUAUGGUAUCCAGCGAGUAGCUUUCCGGGCGGGCAUCGAAACGACCAACCUGUUCUUGACUGUCCUCACCUUCUUCUACAUCUUUAUGUUGUUGGCCGCUCUUGGUGUCGUUUUGUUCAAAGCCUUCUGCGAGUUGGCGGUCAAGACGAAGAUGAUGAAGAGUGAUACCUUUUCCGAAUUCCGUGCGGGAUGGUUCACUGUUCUCAAGGGUGUUCUCUUCCGAUGGCUCCUAAUUGGCUUCCCUCAAAUCACCAUCUUCUGCCUCUGGGAAUUCACGCAGAACGACUCCCCGGCGGCCAUGGUGUUGGCCGUCUUUUUCUUCCUCGGCAUCCUUACGACACUGGGUUAUGCAGCGUACAGAGUUAUUCGAAUUGCCCGCCGCUCCGUCGCCCUCCACCGCAAUCCCGCCUACAUUCUCUUCUCCGACCCCCAUGCUCUCAACAAAUGGGGCUUCUUAUACGUACAGUUCCGCGCCUCGGCGUACUACUUCAUCGUCCCGGUCCUCGUUUACAUCCUGGUCAAGGGAAUGUUCAUCGCGUUCGCCCAGCGUGCAGGAACGGUUCAGGCUGUGGCGCUCAUCAUCAUCGAGGCGGCGGCGCUUAUUGCAGCAUCUGUGUUGCGGCCCUGGAUGGACAAGAGCACCAACUCGUUCAACAUUGCCAUCUGCGCCAUGAACUUCAUCAAUGCCGUCUUCCUGUUCAUCUUUACCGACGUUUUUGGGCUCCCCCGGCUGGUGAUUGGCGUUGUGGGCGUGGUCCUGUGGAUUGCCAAUGCCGCCUUCGCCCUGAUCCUCCUCCUCAUGCUGAUCAUCACGACGGGCAUCGUCCUGUUCCACAACAACCCCGACACGCGGUACCAGUUCAUGAACGACGACCGCACGUCCUUCAUGAAGUCACAGACGCACAUCGGACCCGCUACCAGCGAGCUGGACGCGUUGGGCGUCACGGCCCGCGGCGACGGCAAGAUCGUCAAGCGGAGCACCGACCUCGAGGACGACGAGUCGGGCCUGUCGAACUCUGCUAACAACGUAGCUGCUGCCAACAUGAACCGCCCGGGGUCGCCCAACUCGGGCCCGCACUCGGGCAAGGACUCGGCGCGCGGAUCCGUGAUCAACUCGGCGCGCAACUCGAUCCGCAGCUCGUUCCGCGCGCCGAUCGACCCCGUCACGGGCAUGUAUUCGUCGUCCGAGCCACACCAACAGCAUCUGAGGGGGCGGGCGAGCGGGAGUAUGAGGGCGCCGAGCCCGUUUGUUGAGGCGUCUGGGUCGUCGACGAACUUGUCGGGGUAUCCGUCGCAUUCGAGCGGGGCCGGGACGGCGGGGCCCAGGCCGCCAGCGGGAGCGAGGUGA